UUUGAUACAAAGUGAACCAAAAAUUAGGGUUUUUCAAAUCGACCCUUUUUAGAGAGAGAAAACGAAAGAAGAUAAAGAGGAUUCCCAAUAAUCCCCAAUAUAUUUUGAUUAAAGUUUCUCUCUUUUAUAUAUACUUUUGAUUCUUCUCACACCCAAUUUUCUCUUUCUUCAAAUUCCUUUCUCCUUUCAAUUUACGCAGUUUUUGAGCAAACUACAACAGCAGCAUCAACCAUGGGAAGAGGAAAAUUCAAGGGCAAGCCUACUGGCCGCCGCCAGUUUUCAACUCCCGAAGAUAUUUUAGGUGGAACUUCUCGUCCACGCACCUUUAGACAGAAAAAAGAAGAGGAAGAAGAGGUAGAAGAGGAAGAAGAAGAAUCAGAGGAAGAAUCUGAUGAGGAUACUGAACGAAAGAUGAAAGGGACACAGGGGAUCAUUGAGAUAGACAACCCCAACAUGGUGAAGAAACAGAACCUAAAGGCAAAAGAUAUUGAUCUUGACAAAACAACUGAACUUACAAGACGUGAGAGGGAGGAGUUGGAAAAACAGAGGGCUCAUGAAAGAUACAUGAAGCUGCAAGAACAAGGGAAAACGGAACAAGCAAAGAAAGAUUUAGAGAGGUUGAAACUUAUUCGUGAACAAAGGGCAGAGGCUGCUAGGAAGAGAGAGGAAGAGAAAGCUGCCAAGGAACAAAAGAAAGUCGAAGCCCGCAAAUCCUGAAGGCAGAGGAAAAAUCUUGAACAAAUCUUCGCUUUUUAAUAGCUAUAAUUUGUUUGUUUUAAAGUUAUGCAUAAAUAUGCCCCAAAUUGUGCUGGUUGUGAUAAUUUACCCCGUUUUUAAUUUAGCUUGAUGGUUGACCAUGUAAUUCUGCUUAUAGCAAAUGAAAAGUUAUACUCUUAUAAACAUUGAGCAACCAUUUUGUGCACUGUAAGUUAUAUUUGUUCUAAUUCGAGGUGCAAUUCAUUCUA